UCGGCUGCUGCCGUCGCCUGGUCGCCGUCGGUCUGCAGGAGGCGGGUUAUGGCGGCGGCGGCAGUGGGGGCUGUGAAUGAAUUCUCCGGGCGGACGCGAGAAGAAAGGCUCCGGCGGCCGCAGCAGCCCGGUGCCUUCCAGGCCUCCGCCUCCCUGCCUGGCCCCCGCCCCUUCCGCCGCGCGGCCGGCCCCUUCGCCCCGGUCGCCGCAUAAGCGAAACCUGUACUACUUCUCCUAUCCGCUCUUCGUGGGGUUCGCCCUGCUGCGCUUGGUCGCCUUCCACCUGGGGCUCCUCGUCGUGUGGCUCUGCCAGCGCUUCUCCCGCGCCCUCAUGGCCGCCAAGAGGAGCUCCAGGGCCCCGCCGGCGCCGGCCCCGGCCCCGGCCUCGCCCCCAGCGCCCGUCCCGGGCGGGGAGGCCGACCGCGUCCGAGCCUUUCACAAGCAGGCCUUCGAGUACAUCUCCCUGGCCUUGCGCAUCGACGAGGACGAGAAAGGUCAGAAGGAGCAAGCCGUGGAAUGGUAUAAGAAAGGUAUUGAAGAACUAGAAAAAGGAAUCGCUGUUAUAGUUGCAGGACAAGGUGAACAGUGUGAAAGAGCAAGGCGACUUCAAUCUAAAAUGAUGACUAAUUUAGUUAUGGCCAAGGAUCGUUUACAACUUCUAGAGAAGCUGCAACCUGUUUUGCAAUUUUCCAAAUCACAAACAGACGUCUAUAAUGACAAUACUAACUUGACGUGCCGCAAUGGACAUCUUCAGUCAGCACAUCUCUGCCAAUGCAGAAAGCACUUCACUCUGCCAGUAAGCCUGUGCCGCAAAGGCACUCAGCUUUCUCAGUCCUUGGGCCACGAAGCCUACUAUGCCGUCUCCCACCAGUUUCUGUUCUGCUGCUAUCAGUUCUCUGCUGUACUUGUUGCUGCUUCUGAGUAUUUUGCACUAUCUCUGGUGGGAGAAGGAGAGAAACUGGUGAGAGCUCUUUUUGCUGUGGCUCGAGAACUUCAACCUUCUAUCAUUUUUAUAGAUGAAGUUGAUAGCCUUUUGUGUGAAAGAAGAGAAGGAGAACAUGAUGCCAGUAGACGUCUAAAAACUGAAUUUCUCAUAGAAUUCGAUGGGUUUAAUUUUUCUUUUCAGACAAGACUACUUUUGCUUAAAAAUUUGUUAUGCAAACAAGGAAGCCCAUUGACCCAAAAAGAACUAGCACAACUUGCUAGAAUGACUGAUGGAUACUCAGGAAGUGAUCUAACAGCUUUAGCAAAAGAUGCAGCACUGGGGCCUAUCCGAGGAUCCCAAUUCGAGUUGAAAAUGAGAAAUAUUCGAUUAUCUGAUUUUACUGAAUCCCUAAAGAAAAUAAAACGCAGCGUGAGUCCUCAAAACUUAGAAGCAUACAUACGUUGGAACAAGGACUUUGGAGAUACCACCGUUUAAACGUCUACCUGCAGCACCCUCCAGAACAUUUUAGUUACCAAGACAUACAUGGUCUGCAAUGAGCAGUUAUAUACCAGCUACAAAAAAUCAACCCAAGUUUACAGGACUUUUCAGUCUUACAAUAAUUUAUGCACUAAACUUGAAGGUGAACCAGAAAACAAAUUUAAAUAAAGUAUGCAUUGUGAAUUGAGUAUUUUACUGUUUAAGACCUCCUCGCCUCGAUGGUCAUGGAUUUCUCAAUGGGCACUGUAAGAGCACAUUAAAAUCUGAUUAUGGU